GGGCUCGGGAAAUGAUCUUGGCCCGAGCGAGCACAGCUCCCUGUCCCUGCUGUCCCCUCGUGUCCUCCGCGAGUUGGGCAGCCCUGCGCGCCGGGGCCUUGGCUUUUCCCCCACGGUCCCUAGGUCUCCAGGCAGGGCUUAGGUGAACUUGGGGUGGGGUGUGCUUGCUCAUAUGUGUGCGUGCGUGUCUAUGUGUGUAGAAAGGGAGCUUAGCGUGGAGACCCCGGUUUUCUUUCUCAGUUUUUAACAACUGGAUUUUGACUUUGAGACCAGCUUCGCUCGCUGCUUGGGCUGGGAGGGGGGCGAUCUUUCCCCAUCACUCACAUCUUUGUUCAUUGUUCACUGAGUGCAAGGCAGGCGACUUAAAGAGAGGAAAAAGGAGGGAGAGAAAGAGAGAGGCAGAAGAGGGGGAAGAAGAAGAGAGAAAGAAGAAGGGCGUGGGGAGCACAUCCAUGUCCCCUCCCGGGUCAUGUUGGAGGGUGAAAUAGUAAGCCCACGCACGGAGGGUCGCCAGGAAAGUGGACAUUACCGCUUUAAUUAACUUCGAGAUGCUCCGGCGGCGGGACCUGGCGUAGCAGUGACGCGCCCCCAUAAAUCUGCCGGGCCGGGGCUGCUCCAAGAACUCAUACAGUAGCAGCGUCAGAUUCAACGCGCGCCUCCCCCGGCCGGAGUCCAUUUGCAUAAUUGGAUUUUUUUUUUUUUUUGCCUCCUUCCUCCCUGAAACUUAUUUGAAAACCCAAGUGAAAACCGCGACGACCUGCACACUCAAAAGCAAGUGCCAAUUCCUGAAUGCCACGGCUUUAAGAGCAUCCUACACCCAAGACUGAACUCUGUGACUUUAAGACUUGCCUGGGAGCUGGGGCCCACCCCUCUGGCCAUCUUUCAGCAACCAGAGCAUCUUUUCUGAGGACAUAUUCUUACUAGACUGACAGUCCUUAAGUCAAGCAUGCAGUGAGGGUGUUAAGGGAUGGAAGAAGCGAGUCUGUGCCUUGGAGUGUCCUCAACGGCACCGGAAGCUGAGCCUCAUCUGAGUGGCCCAGUCCUCAAUGGUCAGUAUGCCAUGAGCCAGAAGUUGCAUCAGAUCACUUCCCAGCUCAGCCAUGCCUUUCCUGAGUUGCACCCGCGGCCCAACUCAGAGGAGAAGCCACCUGCAGCCCUUGAGGAGAAGGCCCACGUGCCCAUGAGCGGACAGCCCAUGGGCAGCCAAAUGGCGCUGCUGGCCAACCAGUUGGGCCGCGAUGUAGACAACAGCCUCAAUGGGCGUGUGGACCUGCAGCAGUUCCUCAAUGGGCAGAACCUAGGAAUCAUGUCUCAGAUGAGUGACAUUGAGGAUGAUGCCCGAAAGAACCGGAAGUACCCGUGUCCUCUGUGUGGCAAGCGUUUCCGGUUCAAUAGCAUCCUCUCCCUGCACAUGCGCACUCACACCGGUGAGAAGCCAUUCAAGUGCCCCUACUGCGACCACCGAGCGGCCCAAAAAGGAAACCUCAAGAUCCAUCUGCGGACCCACAAACUGGGCAACUUGGGGAAGGGGCGCGGGCGGGUACGUGAGGAGAACCGUCUGCUGCACGAGCUGGAGGAGAGGGCCAUCCUGCGGGACAAGCAAAUGAAGGGCAGCCUGCUGCAGCCUAGGUCUGAUCUCAAGCCCUUGGCACAUGCCCAACAGGCCCCGUUGGCCACCUGCAACUUGGCCUUGCCUUCCAACCAUAGCGUGCCCGAUGUAACCCACCCGGCACCUUCCCCCAAGCCGGCCAAUUUGCAGGAGGAUCCGGUGACCCCUGCUGCGGGCUUCCGAUGCACCUUUUGCAAAGGCAAAUUCAAGAAGCGAGAAGAGCUGGACCGGCACAUCCGCAUUUUGCAUAAGCCCUACAAGUGCACCUUGUGUGACUUCGCUGCCUCGCAGGAGGAGGAGCUCAUCAGUCACGUGGAGAAGGCCCAUAUCACUGCGGAGUCUGCCCAGGGCCAAGGCCCCAAUGGUGGGGGAGAGCAGUCAGCAAACGAGUUCCGCUGUGAGGUAUGUGGCCAGGUGUUCAGCCAGGCCUGGUUCCUGAAGGGCCACAUGCGCAAGCACAAAGACUCUUUUGAGCACUGCUGCCAGAUCUGUGGUCGGCGCUUCAAAGAGCCUUGGUUCCUGAAGAAUCACAUGAAGGUCCACCUCAACAAACUGUCGGUGAAGAACAAAUCCCCCACUGAGCCUGAGGUGUCGGUGCCCAUGGGUGGUUUGUCCCAGGAGGCCCAUGCCAACCUGUACUCUAGGUACCUCUCCUGCCUGCAGAGUGGCUUUAUGGCCCCGGACAAAGCCAGCCUGAAUGAGCCCUCCCAGCUCUAUGGCAAGGGGGAGCUCCCAGCCAAGGAGAAGGAGGUUCUGGGAAAGCUACUGUCGCCCAUUUCCAGUAUGGCUCACAGUGUCCCCGAGGGGGACAAGCACUCCCUCUUGGGCUGCCUCAACCUCGUGCCACCACUGAAAUCCAGCUGUAUCGAGCGGUUGCAGGCAGCUGCCAAAGCUGCAGAAAUGGACCCUGUGAAUAGCUAUCAGGCCUGGCAGCUCAUGGCCAGGGGCAUGGCCAUGGAACACGGCUUCUUAUCUAAAGAGCAUCAGCUCACGCGCAACCACGAAGACCCUUUGGCAAACGCCGGAGUUCUGUUUGAUAAGGAGAAGCGGGAGUACGUGUUAGUGGGAGCAGAUGGCUCCAAGCAGAAAAUGCCUGCUGAUUUGGUUCACAGCACUAAAGUGGGCAAUCAGAGAGACCUGCCAAAUAAGCUCGACCCUCUAGAAGGCAGUCGGGAAUUUUUGUCACAUGGGCUCAACCAGACGCUCGAAUACAACCUGCAGGGUCCCGGGAACAUGAAAGAGAAACCCACAGAGUGCCCGGAUUGUGGACGUGUUUUCCGAACCUAUCACCAGGUGGUAGUGCAUUCUCGAGUCCACAAGCGGGAUCGCAAGAGUGACGAGGACGCUCUGCACGUGGGUGUGGGCCUAGAGGAGCGGCGAGGUUCAGGCAGCGACCAGGAGUCCCAGUCAGUGAGCCGCUCCACCACACCUGGCUCUUCUAAUGUGACUGAGGAGAGUGGGGCUGGAGGUGGCCUGUCGCAAACCGGAAGCGCCCAAGAGGAUAGUCCACACCCCUCUUCACCAUCUUCCUCAGACAUCGGCGAGGAGGCCGGGAGAGCCGGCGGCGUCCAGCAGCAGGCGCUGCUUCGAGACAGGAACCUGGGCUCGGCCAUGAAGGACUGUCCAUACUGUGGGAAGACUUUCCGGACUUCCCAUCACCUUAAGGUCCACCUGAGGAUACACACAGGUCAGUGGCAAAAAUAUCAACAGACCAACCAUUAUAAGAAGAUUCCCCCAGAUGACCAAGCAGACUGGCCUCUGGCCCAACAUGGAUUCCAGGCCCAUUCUUGGGGAUGGACAGGUGAGAAGCCCUAUAAGUGCCCUCACUGUGACUAUGCUGGCACCCAGUCAGCAUCCCUGAAGUAUCACCUGGAGAGACACCAUCGAGAGCGGCAGAAUGGAGCCGGGCCCCUGACAGGACAGCCCCCGAACCAGGAGCACAAGGACGAGACCUCCAGCAAAGCGCCUAUGUUCAUCAGGCCGGACAUCCUGCGAGGAGCUUUUAAGGGUCUCCCUGGAAUCGAUUUCCGAGGUGGCCCCGCCUCUCAGCAGUGGACAUCGGGCAUGCUCUCCUCUGGAGAUCACUCAGGGCAGGCCACGGGCAUGUCCUCGGAGCUGUCUUCAGAUGCCCUAAAAGGCUCCGACCUUCCUUCCAAAAGCUCCCACUUCUCAGAGAUCGGAAGAGCUUAUCAAAACAUCGUGAGCAAUGGUGUGAAUUUCCAAGGGUCCCUACAGGCAUUCAUGGACAGCUUUGUCCUUAGCUCUUUGAAGAAAAAGGACACGAAAGACAAGGUCCCAUCUGAUGCCCAUCCCAUGAAAGCCCAUACUGCGGACGGUGGAGAGGAGAAAGUAAGCGUGAAGCCCUCCCAGCGAAAGUCUGAGAAGUCUCAGUAUGAGCCUCUGGACUUAUCUGUGCGGCCAGACGCCACCACUCUCCCUGGCUCCUCUGUGACCAUGCAAGACAGCAUUGCGUGGCACGGCUGCUUGUUCUGCGCUUUCACCACCUCAUCCAUGGAGCUGAUGGCCCUUCACCUCCAGGCCAACCACCUAGGCAAAGCAAAACGCAAAGAUCACCCUUCAGGGGUGACAGUCAACUGCAAAGAACAGGGGCGGGAGGCCAGCAAGGUCUCUGUACUGCCUUCCUUACAAUCAAACAAAGAGAUUGCCCUUUCUAGCACCGUCAGUGUGCUCGACUCUGCUCCUGAGAAGAUGGCCCAAGGACCGGCCAAAGAGACUCUAGGGGACCAGAAGAGUGGUCAGUGGCCCAACCACAUGGACCCUGCCUUUUGUACCUUUCCAUCUGACUUCUACAAACAGUUUGGCGUUUACCCCACUAUGGUUGGCUCAGGGGCCCCAGGCUCCUGCCUCAACAAGAACCCCGAGGGGAAAACCCACUCAGAAGACGACGCCCCUAUCCUGAUCCCGGAAACCACAAACAAAAACACUACUGAUGACCUCUCGGAUAUUGCCUCCUCUGAGGAUAUGGACUCCUCCAAGGGAGAAAACAAUGAGGAUGAGGAGAUAGACACCGAACCAGAAAUGAUGAGCAAGCCGCUGUCUGCUCUCAGCAAGGAUGGCAGCAAUGAGGGCGGUGACAGCCUGCUGCCCCCAGGCGCCCCCCAGCCCAUCCAGGGACUAGUCUCACCUUUAGCCCAAGCAGCCGAGGAACAGUGGCACAGCCCAGGCCUCCUUCCUGCCCAGGAACCCCCGGCGGGGCUGCCCAAGCCAGAGCGGGGUCCCCCAGGCUUGGAGAAACCUAUGAGCAUGCUGUCGGUCCUCAGGGCCUACAGCGCCGAUGGCUUAGCAGCCUUUAACGGGCUUGCAAGCAGCACAGCAAAUUCUGGAUGUAUCAAGAGGCCAGACUUGUGUGGUCACAGGCCUUUCCAGUGUCACUACUGUCCCUACAGUGCCUCGCAGAAGGGGAACCUGAAGACCCACGUCCUCUGCGUCCAUCGAAUGCCUUUUGACAACAGCCAGUAUCCCGACCGCAGGUUCAAACGUUCCAGGGUUGACUCGGAGGCUUCUGGGAAUUUUGAGGAGGCUGCGGCUGUCAAGGCGGGGAGCUUUGCGGAGCUCACUGAGGAGAGAGGCAAAGGCCAGGAGGAAGGCAACUGAGCAGAGCUGCCCACCGCAACACUCCUCUCUACAGUUUUAAAUCAUGCAUCUGGGCUCACCAGUUUGCUAACUGCAUUCCAAGGGGGAAAUCACGUAUCACCCCCUCACUAGUGUAUAGAACAUUUAAAAGAAUUUUAAAAGAUAUCUAUCUAUAUAUAUAUUAAAAAAAAAUCCCCCCAGCCCUUGAACAUGGCUGCUACACUGUUACCCAGUAACAAGAACUUCCAAGAAAUGCAGGUGGGAGAAAGUGAUUUUAGAAACGGCCCCCAUGACCCUCAAGCUCCAAAAGCUGGAGGACCUUCUAACCCAAAAGUCAUCUUUGUCCAGAAAACCCCCAAAACAAACAAAAACAAAACAAACAACAAACCAACAACUCAAGCGAUUUAGCGUCGCCUUGAAGGGUCUGUGUUCUCCUUCUGAAAAACACCUCUAUAAUCUGACACCAGCUGCUGUCCUUCGCCACCAUCCUAAUGAGAGGAGCUGGGAGGCAGCUGAGGUGCCAGUCAGACUGGGGCGGUCACUGCAGGGAAAAUCAAUUCACAUGGUGUCACUCUGCGCUCUGGGAGAAAUCCUAGCCGGCACCCGGGCAUGCAGUCAGGGAGUGCCAGGCCUGACCAGUGCUGUAGAGGAUGGUAAUCUAAAGUGUGCUUAAAAAAAAAAAAAAAAAAAAAAAAAACCACAGCCAGAUGAGUCAGUGGUCAGGAAGUGUCUGCAGACAAAUGUCCUUUGCAGCUUUGAUGAGUCAUUCCUUUUUUUUUUUCCUUUUUUUUAGAUCAAAUUGCAGUAUGGGAAGACAUGCAUUUCAUUUAUUAUUUUCUGUCCUGGGUUGUCCGUUUGCAAACGCCUGGAUGAAGGAAAAGAUUUGCUUUUAAAAACAAAUCGUAGGAAACAUUUUAGAAACUGACAUUAGGAAGCCAGAGCAAAUCUACUCUCUGUAGAAAGUUCUGGUGACCGACCGCAAUUCCUUUGCUAACGGGAAGACCACUUUAGAUUGUGUUUUGGAACAUUUCUUUUCAGGGUAGAAUGAAGUCUACCCUGGCCCUUGUUACCAGAUUUCUUCUUUCAUAAGUUACUUUUUAAGUGUUGUGGGCAUGAAGCAAGAUUUUUUUUUUCCUCCAGUGAGCUCUUCGACAAUAACUUGUAUUAAAACAUGAAUCUAAAACCCCAGAUGUCUGUCACUAAUGAAGAAAACAGUUUGAGUUAGAAUGUUCAUUUCUUUGAAGCAAAUGUGUUCUGUAUUUUUGUAGAUUAUAGUGAUUUGAACACUCAAAUUUUAUCAAGCUCUGCACCGCACUGAAGGAGAUUUUGAGGGUUGACAAGGAAACACAGCUCGCAAAACAACAAAAACAAAAACAAAAACAAGGAUCUAAGAAAAGUCCCAGAAGGAUUCUUCCGGAAUCUGCUAGAAUGCUGUAAAAGUCCCCGCCUUCUAACACACUUCCUUUGAGUGACACGAAAUUGGUACCGUUGCUUGUGAUGGCGGAGACGUAGUGAGGUAUUAACUUCAAAAAACGAAAUCAUUUAGACUUGGAGAGAGAGAGAGAAAAAAAAAGUCAAUAAUUCCUUUUAGUCUGGGAGCACACUAUAAAACCCCAGGGCCUUAAAAACUUCAACUCUGCCUAUAGCAGUUUACAAAAAUACUAAGCUGCAAUCAAUGUAAAUAAAAUUCUUAGCACUAUCCUGAGACUGAAUUUCAGGCUAAUAAGGAAUCCGGUUUGCAUAUGCUGUCAAAAGGGUGUCAUCCGACCUGGGUUUCCUGGGAAUGAGGCCGCUGGGCAGCGUGGACCCAUCUGGCAUAAAGCAAGCUGCUUUCUUGCUGGUAUUCUUUUCUUUUCUUUUUUCAUUUCUUUCCUUUCUUCCUUUUUUACUUCCCCUCCCCUUCUCUAGAAUAGUUCUCACUGCCUUACUUAACUCGAGUUGAUCGACUGUGGCUGUCUCUGUGGUCCACAGGAGGCCUGGAGACGCUGGUGGAAAAAAAAAAAAAAACCGUCUGACCGUAGUAAGCAUUUAGGGUUUUAACUGCACUGCUGUGUUUGGUGACUGUGCCAGUGGCUUGCUUUCUGUGUGUUUGCCCACCUGUGGUAUCUUAGCAAAGAAAACUUAAAACAAUAAAAUAAAAUUAAAAAAAAUAAAUAAAAAGGAAAAAAAAAGUGGAAAAAAAAAAGGAGCAGGAGAGAGAUCCACAUUCCGUGUCUAGCACUUUGGCGCUGGUACAGUAUCUUUUGUGCCCCUCCCCCCCAAGCAUCUUCAGAUGGUACAGGCAAUAAUUCUGUUUGUGACACUGGGAACACCCCCCCCCCCUUCUUUGUGGCGUGUGUGUUGAUCCCAUUUUGUCCAGUCCUACUAGCCACCCUCCUUUCCCUCUGACACAGGCUUUCUUUCCGGAACAUUUGUGACUUGUAACAUAAGCCCGUGGCAGCCUCUGUGAUGCAGUGUCAGCGUCGCGUGUCACCAGGCUCUCAUAUCUGCACACCUCAGCCCCUCCCCCGUGACUUCUGUAGUCUGUGACGCUGUCCCCAACCCUGUCUACAUUCUAUCUUGGAGGAACUCUGAGAUCAUAGAGUAGAGGAGUUUGUCGCUAUGCUUGUAACAAGUAGAACACUUUGUAUUUAAAGUUUAUUCUUGGUCAUUAUUUAUUAUUAUAAUACAUCAGUUGACAGAACUUUAUUCUGGUAUAGAAAGUAUUAAAAGUUGUUUUUUUCAGCGAUGACUGUUUCCUUUCUGCUGUUAGGAAUAAAAUGUCUUUGAAGCAGUCCA